GGAUUCUGCCUUUGAACCCCUUUUCUUUGUGGAAGAAAAGUUUCCAGAUCCUUAUUUCCGCUGUUCUCUUUCAAAGAACGUCUUUUCUGUCAAAGGCCGCAGAAGAUGCACCCAGAAAGCCCCACUGGAGACCCAGGAGAAAAGGAACAGAGGAAGGUUCACAAAUUAUCCUCUUGUCUACAGUCUCAUUCAGACUCUGGCCCAGGCCUUGAACGCUGCCUAUUCCUCCAGAUGGAGGAGGGGAAGGAAGGAGGGAGAAAAGAGUUUGGGGUCUCCAAGGCUGCAGCCGUGGCAGUUCCAUCCUUUCCUGCAGAAGAAUGAGUAUUGCAAUAUUUCCAUGAUGAAACUCUACUUGGAUCAAAAUGGAGAUGUAGCAGCAGAUCUGGCUAUUAUGAGCCAUUUGAUUCUCCCCAAGGAGAAUCCCAUCAAACUUCAAAUGGGGACUUUGGAAAGACAGAGACUUACUAUCAACCAAAAUGCUCUUUCACAGCUAAAGUUCCUCAACCAGUCCCUGCCUCAGUCCAAAUGUGUGGAAAGUUGUCAUCCUGGAUUUGUCAAGAGGGCUCGAGAAGGAGAGCCAGUUUGCUGCUAUGACUGCGUUCCUUGUCCGGAGGGGACCUUCUCCACUCAGGAAGGGCUUGUUUUAAACAUUUUCAUGAAAUACCGAGAAACUCCCCUUGUCAAAGCCAACAACCGGGACCUCUCCUACAUCCUCCUGGUUUCCCUCCUGCUUUGUUUCUUGUCUCCUUCUCUCUUCAUUGGUCAACCAAGGAAAGCCACCUGCCUUCUCCGACAGACAGUUUUCAGCCUCAUCUUCUCAGUUGCUGUUUCUUCUCUCUUGGCCAAAACCAUCAUGGUGGUGCUGGCUUUCCUGGCCACAAAACCAGGAAACGGAGUGAAGAGAUGGUUGGGGAAGAGCUUGGCCAACUCCAUCAUCCUUUCUUCUUCUGCUGUCCAAAUUAUCAUCUGCUCCAUCUGGCUGGGAGUUUCUCCCCCCUUUCCUGACUCUGACCUCCACUCCCAGCCUGGAGAGAUCAUCCUGCAAUGCAACGAAGGGGCCGUUGUCAUGUUCUACGUCACCCUCAGCUACAUGGGCUUCCUGGCUGCCAUCUGCUUCACGGUGGCUUUCCUGGCCAGGAACCUGCCUGGGGCCUUCAACGAAGCCAAGCUGAUCACCUUCAGCAUGCUGGUCUUCUGCAGUGUCUGGGUGACUUUUGUGCCCACCUACCUGAGCACCAAAGGGAAAUCCAUGGUGGCUGUGCAGGUCUUCUCCAUCCUGGCCUCCAGUGCUGGUCUGCUGGGCUGCAUCUUCAUCCCCAAGUGCUACAUUAUCCUUCUGAGGCCGGACCUCAACACAAAGGAGCAGCUCACAGGCAGAAUAAAUGUAAAAACAUGAGAUAUAACACAAAUAUGAUAGUGGAAGAAUUUGAAAGGAGAUAUUCUUUCCAUUUAGAUAGUAUGCAGGAGUCAAAGAAAAUCGUAUGUAUAUGUUUCAAAUUUGGAAAUUAUUGAAUCCUUCAUAAAAGAGCAGCUUACAGCCAGAAGAAAUGUGUAAAUGUGAGACUGAGGAAUUUCAACUUUUAACAUUUUCCACAGUCCAAACAUAGAAAAUGGUCCAAGCUCUUCUCCAUGCAUGAGUGGGCCAACUAUUUUUCUUGAAAUACGUAAAGGGUGUGUGGAAGAUUGUGAGGAGACAAAUUUCUUGGGAGAAAUGGGAGCAUGUUAGCAAGACAGAAAUAUAGAAGGAAUGUAUGGAGCAAGGUUGAUGCCCUCAUUUCUCAGUACAUUUCACCCAAACUGCUGUGGCAACUGAGACGUUUCUUUUUGUUUACACAAUAACUCUUUCCUGAGGGUAGCAACAAUACAAGGCUGCGGAGGUAACUUGAA